AUGUUCCACGUUGAACCGGGAUGCUCUUGUUGGAGCUGGAGAAAGAUGUCUGGGCUCACCCCUUUGGGCUGCUUGAAAGGCUUGCUCAACGACCCGGACAGCCCGCGGAUUCAGACGCGCCAGCUACUGCCCAACCUUAUCCGGCAAGCGCGCUCGCGCAGCAUGCGCUUCGUCGAGGGCUUCGUUCCCAAUUUCAUCGACCAGGGCCGCAUCGUGUAUGAUGCCAAGGUAGAAGACCGCUACAUCUUUGUUCCAGGAGACCCCCUGGGGAAAGGAAGCUUCGGAGAAGUCAAGGCCGCAACAGACCGUUACACGCGGGAGCGCCACGCGGUCAAAUGUGCCGUUAUCGCCAAAGAAGAGCUGGCAGAGGCUUUCGUGCAAGAGGCCGAGAUGCAUCUGAAACUGGACCAUCCCAACGUGUGCAAGCUUCUUCAAGUGUAUGUCAGUGACGGGGCAUGCCAUCUUGUGAUGGAGCUUUGCGCUGGAGGCGAGCUUUACGAUCGCUGGGCCGACAAAGGCUACUUCACCGAGGACGAAGCCAUAGGGGCAGUGAGGCAGAUGUUGCGCGCCUUGACAUAUCUACAUUGGCAUCAUGUCUGCCACAGAGAUCUCAAGCUGGAGAACUGGGUCUACAAGGACAACUGCGUGGAUUCGACCCUAAAGCUGAUCGACUUUGGCUUCGCAAAGCAGUUUUCAGAGGAGACACCCAUGACGGCACUCUUAGGCACCAUCUACUACAUUGCGCCUGAAGUCAUCCGAGGCAACUACAGCAACAAAUGUGACGUGUGGAGCUUGGGCGUCAUCGUCUACAUGCUUCUCGGCGGAGAGCCCCCAUUCUACGACAGCCACUGCGACGACUGGACAAUGCAGAAGAUCUUGCAUGAGCCACUGGAUGUCUAUGGUCCUAACUGGGACGACGUUUCAGAGGAUGCCAAAAGUUUCGUGUCGCAACUGCUCGACCGCGAUGUCUCGGCCCGCCCAGCUGCGCGCGAGGCCAGCCGCCACGAGUGGCUGCAGGAGCAGCCUCAGCCAGGCCCUGGUGGCUACAUCCGGCAGGGGUCGAGCGAGCUGAUCAGCCCCAAAAUUCUGGAAGACCUGCGGGCGUUUGCGUCCAUGAACGCCAUGAAGCGAGCGACUUUUGGCCUGAUAGCCUUCAGCAUGGCUGGGGACACCGACAUUUCGGACCUCGAGUACGAGUUCCGGAAGCUGGAUAAAGGAGGUAGCGGCACCAUCCUCAAAUCUGAGCUGGCUUUUGCCUUUGAGAAGCAGCUGGGCAUGUCGGCACAGGAUGCAAACGUCCUCUUUGACAAGCUCGACAUCACCGGGGACCAUGAGAUUGAGUACAGCGAGUUCAUGGCUGCCGUCGGCGGAAGUCGCUAUAUGUGCAACGAGGCCUUGAUCAAGCAGGCUUUCAAGCGCUUGGACCGGGAUGGGAGUGGUGUCAUCUCGGUGGAGGAUCUACGUGAGGUUUUUGGCGACAACUUCAACGGAACCAAAGUCGAGGACAUUCUGCAGCAAGUCGACUACAAGCAUUCCGGCGUGAUCGACUACGAUGAGUUUGUUCAAGCCAUCAUGGAGCUGGGCCCAGAUGGGGAUCCGACGAGUUGUGAGAAAGAGGGGGACAACCUUCGCAAAAGGAUUUCCAGGGCGUACGAGUUCACGUCCGUGGGGCGCAAGUCCAAAAAAGGCCGCAAGAAGAUCCCCAAGAAGCCGGGCAUGAUCUACAAGCCAUCCCAGAGGUUUCACGCGGUCCGUACAGCCCAGCAUGGACAUCAGCAUGGAAUGCCCCGAGCUCUGAACCGAGGAUGGCGCACGCCGGACAUCUCCAGGCAUCCGAGUCGCGAGUUCAGUGGGGACGAGAAGGACUUCACAAGACAGAUUUCUUUGGAUUCGGCUGAGCAGAGCCCGGAUCAUGGCCACCACGGCUUCAGGCCGCCAGCCCUCAACCGCGGCUGGCACACGCCUGACAUCUCUCGGCACCCGAGUCAAGACUCAUGCUCGGGUGAUGUCAUAGAUUACUCAGCGAGUCUUCCAGUGUGCGCCGAGAUGCUGCGCAAUGCUAAUACGAUGUGA